AUGUCCGACUCGGAAGUCAAUCCCCACCCCUCCACCGGCGGGAAAUCCCUCUCCGCCAUCCCCCCUCCUCCCCCUUCCACAACCACCACCACCACCGCCAACACGACAGCACCCCAACCGCGCCUCCCCUACAAAUCCUGGCGUAAGAAAUACCGCAAAAUGCACCAUUCCUUCACCGCCGUCCUCGACCAAAACAAACAACUCUUCCGCGACGAACAACGUCUGCAUUCCAUCGCCAAACGUCUGCGCGAAGAACUCGACGGCCUCCUCGACUUGUGUCUCGACUUGAAUCAGAACCCUGCUCUGCCCCCUCACAUGCGCUUCGAUGUGUCUUUGCCCACUCCACAUACCGCCGUGGCCAGCAUUCCGGGUGUCGUCAAGGAUGGCGUCACUCCCCAAGAGGCCAAUGAUAUGUUUCUGGAAUACACGGAAGCAGUCAAGGUGGGACAGAUUCCGCAUUUGGAUUUACAUGUCAUUCGGGAGCAAUUGGAGGCGAAACUACGGGUGCAAGGGGUUUUGUCGUUGGAGGAGUUGGAGAGAAAGGUCAAUCACACGAGGGUGGAUUUGGAAGCGGAGAAAUUACCGGAAGAAGUGCUGGGGGAGGAGCCGCCGGGGUAUCUGACCACUAAGCAGGAGGCCGAGUAUCUCGCGCGGUUGGAUCGGAAGUUGGGUGAUGUGAACGCCGGCAUUGGAGGAGGCAUAGUGGAGGAGGAGGAGGAGAAGCAUUGGGCGGAUAUGACGGCGAGGGAGGUGGAGAGGCAGAUGGAAUUGAUGAAUCCCAUGAGUCAACACAAUUGGUUAAAGGUGCAUCAUAAGAAUGCUGCUGCCGGUGCCGCUGCGGGAGGGGAGGGGGAUGAUAAUGAAAGUCUGGUGGAUGUCAAACCUGCCACGGCGGCCCGGAAGAGGAAUCUGGCCAAGCAGGUCGGUGAUCGGGCCGUCGGGCGCGCGAGAGAGGGCGCGAGUCCUAGUGCUGCCAGUUUCACGGCUGGUGGGGAUGAUGAGGAAGGCAUGGAGGAUUCGGUGAGUAGUUCGGGGAGGAAGAAGGGCAAGGGCGAUGGUGAUGGCACGUAUAGGGUCAAAGGGGGGAAGAGCAAUUCUACCAUGAAUGGUGGUGGAGGAAGUGCGAGUAAGGGGAAGAGGAAGAGGGAGGGGGAAGGGGUGGGGAGUGGCGGGAAGAAGAUGAAGGUCGAGGGGUGA